AUGAGGAAAACGAAGAAGGUGACGCUAAUAAUGGUGCCGUACCCAGCACUCGGCCACUUCACUCCCAUGUUCCACCUCGCCUCUUCCUUCCUCCAACUCCCCGUCGACCGUGGCUACAGCUUCAACCCCGUUCUUCUCCUCCCUCACUUCCUCCACCGCCAGAUCUCCGCUACAGCCACCAACGACGUCGAUCCCCGGAUAUCCUUGGUUCCCGUCCCGGAGGAGGACGACGGUGAGGACGAGCCGCCGCCGCCUGCUGAUUUCUUUGCCAUAGACAAGGCGAUGGAGCAGAGCAGCUCGCCGGCCGGGCAGAUGGAGGCGGUGGUUCGUAACAUCGUUGCGUGUAGUGGGGAUGGUGGUGGUGGUGACGUUUGCAUGGUGGUUGAUUUGCUGGUUUCGUCGGCUAUUGAAGUGGGCCGGAGAUGCGGGCUUCCGGUGGCUGGGUUUUGGGCCGUGGAUCUCCUGGCCUACCAGUUGAUCGCCGCCAUCCCGCAACUCGUCGCCACUGGCCUCGUUCACCCUCAUUCAGGAAUCCCUCGACACCAAGGAGUUCCCAUCGUCGACGUUCUACCUCAUGAUCAACCGGCUCUCUCGACGGACGACCUCCCGUGGCUGAUCGGAAGCCUACCGGCAAGAAGCGCAAGGUUCAAAUUCUGGAACAAGACCUUACAAAGAUCCACCACCCUCCAAUACCUUCUGGUCAACUCCUUCCCUGACCAAAACCACCACCCCAAUGAACUCCACCGCCAACAGAAACAACAGCAACCGAAAAUCCUGCAAGUGGGCCCGUUAAUGCCCAAACACCAAGCCCACACCAGCAACAACGUAACCUUCUGGGAGCAAGACUCGGCCUGCUUGCACUGGCUGGACGCCCAAAAGCCCAACUCGGUCCUCUACAUAGCCUUCGGCAGCUGGGUCAGCCCAAUAGGAGAGCCCAAAGUCCGGGCCCUCGCAACCACCCUGGAAGCCCUCCACGUCCCUUUCGUCUGGGUGCUGGGACCCGCAUGGAGGCAGGGGCUGCCACGUGGGUACGAGAAGAGGCUGUGGGACAGCCAGCGUGGCAGGGUGGUGUCAUGGGCCCCGCAAAUGGAGGUGCUGCGACACAGCGCCGUUGGGUGGUUCCUGACGCACUGUGGGUGGAACUCGACGGUGGAGGCUGUCCGGUGCCGGAAGCCGAUGUUGUGCUAUCCGAUCGCCGGCGACCAGUUCGCCAACUGUGCGAGGAUCGUGGAGGAGUGGAGGGUUGGGGUGAGGCUGAGCGGGUUCGGGAGAAGGGAAUUGGAGGAAGGGAUGAAGAGUGUUUUGGGAGAUGGGGAGAUGAGUGGCAAGUUAGAGUGUUUGUGUGAAGUGAGUUUGGGGGAUGAAGCUAGGGUUAGGGCUAGUGAUAAUCUCAAUGCCUUUGUUGAUCUUGUCUUUAAUUAG